AUGAAUAACGAGCCAGUAAUUGGUGACGUCAGCGACAUUCCGGAGGGCGUGCUUGUGAAGUACGAGUACUUGGACCACACAGCCGACGUGCAGAUACACUCUUGGGGCGACUGUCUGGCGGAAGCGUUUGAACAGGCUGCAGUUGGCUUGUUUGGAUACAUGACCGAUAUCACCACCGUUAGAGCUCAGUAUACGUAUGAUAUUCAGGCCACUGGACAGGACGAUCUCUCUUUACUUUACCAUUUUUUGGAUGAAUGGCUUUUCGCCUUUUCAGCUGAGCCGUAUUUCAUAGCAAAAGCAGUGAAAAUCAUUGAAUUCGAUAGAGUUAAUUUCAAAAUUUGUGCCCGUGGAUGGGGAGAAACUUUUGAUUUGUCGAAGCAUCCUCAGGGAGCCGAAGUCAAGGCCAUCACUUACUCAAAUAUGCAGGUAUACGACGAAGAAACUCGGCAUGAAAUCUUUGUUAUAAUUGACAUAUGA